AUGUCCCUUCGCGACGACGCUGACUCUGCCAGCCCUUCAUGGGACCCGGGCUCCACCGGCGUCGCCCCGAGCCGCAAGGCAAGCGGCACGGCAGCUGUCUCUAGCCCCUCUUCUUCCCCCUCUGCUUUGGCAUCGGCUGGAGGCAGGGCUUCUUCUCCGGUCGCCUGGCCCCCGCGCUUGGGCGAGACGGGCGCCGCCGCGGAGCUGGACGCACCGCAGGCCUUCGCCGCGUGCUCCACGAAGCCGUCCUACGCCUCAAACUCGCCCUCUGGUGACGUUUUCAUCUCCUCGCCUGACUCGGGGGCGGGGCGUCCGCGCCUGUUCGCCUCCUCUGGCGGGUUGGAUCGCCUCUUCAACGAGCCACACGUGGCUUCCGUGAACACCUCCCGCCCCGCGCCCGCUUGCGAGGCGUUUGUUGGCGCCGCGCGCUCGCCUGCAUCUGUGUCCUCCGCCUUCCCCGCCUCCGUCGCUGCAGUCGCGGUCCCCGCCGCGCUGGAUGCGCCUAUUUUCGCGGCUGCCUCUGCGCCAGACGCGUCGUCGUGCGCCAUCGAACGCGCCCCCGAGGCUGACAUCUGCAGGUUUCCCUCUGAUGGUUUUUCUUCCUUCGCGGAGCGCAGUCGACGCACCUGCCGCGAAGACGCGGGCGACAACGCCGCCUUGAUCUCCUUCGCGGAGAGCGGCGUCUACGGCGCGGCACCCCCUCAUCAGGCUGUCUCCCCGGUCUUUCCCUUCUCGCCGCGACAGAGAGACAACCCCGCGCCGCCGCAGCCCGCGGCCAUUUCCUGGAAGCAGCACCAGCGCGAGCUCCUCCGACAGCACUUGUGUCUGCGCCGCGCGCCGCGCGACGACCCGCCUUCUUGCUCAGCGGCCUCCUCCGCGCCCUUCGCCGCGUCUCCCUUCCCGUCUUCCUCACCUCCGUUCGCGUCUCCGGCGGCUGAGAGACUCCCCUUGCGGCUGGGCGCGACGACGCCCGCGGGGUCGCUUUCCGCUCCCGAAGACGGCGCGCGAGACACGAAGGAGGGACCUGACUCGCGGCGGAGACGCGCGCCGUCUGCGACGACGGGAGACAGCGAGGCCGCCCCCGGCGAUGGCGACACAGAGGCGCGCGCGACAGGCAACAGAGCGAGACGCGAAGGGAAAGAGCGAAGAGAUGCUGAGCCACCCAAAGGACGCGCCGCGACCCCGUGCGGCGCGCGAAGCAACGGGUGGCGAUGCCGCAUGGAGGCGCAGGCAGAUUCUCGGCGCGAGGGAAACGAAGAGUGGAAGAAGCGACAAAACUGCCAACGGAUAGGACAGGAGGCGCCUGUGGGACAUUCGUGUGCUCACGCGUCGCCAGCGCUGUCGGUCUGUCUGCGUUCGGACUGCGCGCCGCGCGCCUCCGAGUUGCUGUUUCGGUACCUGAAGACUCGCAGCGUGCGUAAGCGGGAACGGUUGCUCGCCUCGCUGUGUAUCUCGGGUCGAAAGACUCUUUUCGCUGAGCUGCUUCGUUUCUUUCACUCCCUCUCGCGCUUUCUCUCCGCGUCGUCUGCACCUUCCGCGAGUCCCUCGUCGGCGCCUCCGCCGGUCGCUCCGGCCUCUCUGAGCACCUCGCGGUCUGCGGAGGCAGCCUCCGCCGCCUCUUCGGCUGCCUCUCCUGCUUCGCCGCGUCUCUCGUCUUCCCGCUCUGCAGCUUUCUCCUCCUCUUCCUUCUCGUCCUCUUCCUCUUCCUCCUCUUCCUCUUCCUCUUCCUCCUCUUCCUCUUCCUCUUCCUCCUCUUCCUCUUCCUCUUCCUCUGCGCUGCCUUCCAGGCCGUCCCAGCCAGCAAUCGCCUGUUCCUCUUCUGCGUCCUCGUUCUCUUCUUCCUCCUCGUCUUCGGCGGCAUCGCUUCGUAGCCCCGUGGACCUCCUCGCGCUCUCGCGCUGGCGCUUUUCGCGCGCAGCCGACGCGCUUUUCCUGCUCUUCGAGAAGGAGCGGACGCGCCGCGAAGGGCUCGAGAGCGCCGGGCGCAGCGGGGCCUUCUCCGCCACGGGCGCGCUGGAGCCCGAGGAGCGAGACGAAGAAGAGGACGCCCGCGCGGACGGCGACGGCUCGCAGGACGAGCGCGGGGUUUAUCUCUGCACGGAAGCCAGCCACCUUCUGGAUGGAGCGAGGAAGAGCGAGAAGGCGCCCAACCGAGCCGACGCCGUGUUCUGUUCGAUUCUCUGCUGUCAAGAGGCGCUCCUCGUGUUUGCGCUCCUGUCUCCGGAGACUGUCCGGUCGCGCUUUGACAUUUCGCUGUUCCACCAUCUGUUCCCCGAGCACCAAACCGAGGAAGAACGCACGCAGAGUGCGCUGGUCUUCUACUCCUUUCUGCUGUGUCUCCGCUGCAGCCGAACCCGCCCCGCCAGCUGCGGCGCGGGUUCGGCGCCGCACGCGCAGUCCGUCUCGCCAGGGAUGCCGCAGGCCGUGGAGGGCGAAACGGGAACGCCGCCUACCGCGGCGGGCGCGCAGGCGGCCUCAGGGGCAGGCGGCAGAUCCGUGGCCUCCUCCGCCGCGACGCCGGCAGCUUCCGUAGCAGGCUGCCGGCCGCUGUCGCGCGGCUCUUCCACCGUGUCGGCGUCGUCUUCCUCGUCCUCGCCAGCGCCGUCGUGUGCCUCCUGUCGCUCGCGAUCGUCGUCGAGGAGCGCCGCGGCGAACUCCCAGUGGGGCGGCUGCUUCUUGUCGCUCUGGGUGCCUCCGCGGGCCCCCCAGGUGGGUGCGAGCCAGGCUGGGGAGCUGGAGGAGGAGCCGCGAUUCGACAUCAACGACCUACGGAACCUCGAAAAUUCCGCGAUGCGGACAGUCCUCUGCCAGCUGUGGACUGACGAGCUCGUCGGGCUGCCACGCCUCGUGCAGAGCGCCUCUCGAGACGGCGGCGCGGAUGCGGAGAGCAGCGGCUCCAUGAGCGAAGGAGGCGCGUGGAGCGUCGAGCAACUCGAGGAGAACUCCGAGAACGAGGCGCCCGCGGAGAGCGAGCCCUCCGGGGAGAGCGGGGCGCGAGAGGCGACGCCGGGGGACGGCGCGAGCGGCGCAGAGACGCCGCCGCGGGAAAGCUGCCGAGGACGAGCAGCAGUCGCAGACUGCGGAGCCCGCCGGCCGCAGGCGCCUUGCUCACGACGCAAGGUUGCGGGAGCCGACUCUCGAGAGGCGCGGCGCGGAGGGACGGGGAGAGGCGACCGGAAGAAGAAAAACAAGAGGAAAAACGGCAAAGCAGGCGAAUCGAGAACGGCGUAUGCGCUCCUCGCAGAGGUGCUUCCUGUCUGGUCUGAUGACGUGAAUUUGACGAGGGAGAGUUAUCAUCUUCUCAGAGAUCUCGCGCGGCGCCUGCUUUCUCGUACUCGGCGGGCUCCGUGGGUCUCCUCGGCGUCACUCUGUGAGCGGCGUCGCCCGCCUCUCUUUGCCUCGCCGGCGUCUCCUUCCUUGCUGCCGUCUGGGCGGUCGCCGUCGCUGACGACUUCGCACUCGCCAUCGUCUUUCUCCUUCCCCUCGACUCUGUCACGGGCCUCCUCCUCUGCGCUCUCCUUGUCGUCCUUUUCCUCUCGAGGCCUCGAAAUGUUCUCUGCAUUCAUGCGGCGACUCGCCGAGCGGAAAGGCCGCUGCUCGCCCGCCGUUCUCCUCCUGCCGCUCUCGGCACUGGCCUCUGAGGCCGAAUCGGAAACUGCGGCGUUCCAGUCGGUCUCGGAACAGUUCCUCGCGUCCAACAGACUUUCGUCUGCGGAUGUGUUGGGCACGUGGAAAACUUUGUGGACGUUCGCGGUCGGAUUCGCCUUGCAUGCGUAUCCUGCGCUGCGCUCCUCUCCGGAGCCUGCGAGCGCACCUUUCGCGAGCUCGUCGUCUUCCGCUUUCUCUUCUUCGUUUUCUUCUUCGCUGUCCCGCUCUGCAUCUUCUCACGCGUGGUCCUCUUCUUCGUCGAUUCCCUCCUCGUCGUCCUCGUUUCCGCCGCCGUCCUCCUUCGCCUCGUCGGGGUCCUUUGCACUCUUCGCCGACGCGAACUCGCUGAACAUCGUCGUUCGCUUUCUGUCGGCUUUCCUCUCUGCGCUGGUGCGCGCGGCAGGCGUUGCGCCUGACGCUGCUCCCUCUUCUGCGUCGCAGUUCGCCCCGGCCUCCCACCUCUCGCAGUCGUUUUCGUUCUCGUCUUCGAGUUCCUCUUCCUCGGGUUCCUCGUCCUCGCCGCCGCAGCCGCCCUCCCGCUUUCCGCCUUCCUCGCCUUCUUCGCACUUCUCACUUUCCUCAGGCAUGUCGCAGCCGACAUCAUCUGGGGACUCCGCAGGGUCCAGGGCGGUUGCUGGACCCGCCGCCGCCGCGGCCGUCGUGCCGCUUCCCCUCGUGGAGCCGCGGACGCUCGAGAGCUGUCUGCAUGCGGUUCUGUCCCCUCUCGCGCGGGCGGUGCAAAGCCUGCGCGAGAGGGAAGCAAGGGAGCAGAGACUGCGCGUGGCGCGCGCCGAGAACGCGGCGCCGAUGCCCACAAUUCGUCUCGAAGAGAGCUGCCUCGCGCUCGCCGAUCCUGAACCCGAAGCAGAGGCGAAGGCCGCGCGAGGGAGGCUGAGCACUUGCGACCACGGGCGGGGAGGCGCGCCGCAGGCGGGGGCACAAGCGAAGGACGUCACGCCGAGCGUAGGCGAAACAGGCGGCGCUGGCGCCGAGCCGGCGGAGCUUUCGAAGCGUCAGAAGGCGUCGAAGCCAGCAAAGGAUCCGCGAACGUCCUCGACGCGCGUCCAGCACACUUGCUCGUCGUCGAUGUCCGUCUCGUCCUCGCCGAGUUCGCCGCUCGCGGCUGUGUCAUCGCCGCCCUGGCCUAUCUCGUCGCCCUUCUCCACGUUCUCUUCACGCUCCCAAUCCAUUUCCUGUGCCUCGGCGCUGUCUGCCCCCGGUUUGUCCUCCUGGUCGUCCUCCGCCCUCUCGGCGCGCGCCGCGCCGCGCGCGUCCUCGGUGGAGGAGAGCCUGGCGGUCGGGCGCGCGGCGGUGCUGCUCCUGCGUCGGCUGAUAUUCGAAAACGGUUCGACGACUGCGGUGGCGCUCCCGCUGGCUGCGCCGUCGCUGCUUUUCUUCGUUUCGUCGCUGCGGUCGCACGCGCACUCGUUGCGGCGCCACGCGGCGGCGGAUCUGCCUCGCGGCUGCGCCCAAGCUGGCAGGGACGAAGAGGAUCGCGAGGCGGAGGACGACGGAGGCCACGAGGAGGAGGGCCCCAGCAGGCAGGAGGAGGCCGAACGCGCCAGGCGUCGCAGCUGCGUCUUCACGUGCUCCUCACGCGAGAAAAACAAGGGGAAACCCGAAGACUGCAUGCGGGACUCCCGCCUGGCUUCGACCUUGGCUGAAGACGCCGAGGCGCUUGCAGACGACAUCUUCGACGCGGUGAGCGGAGAGGGAGGCGCCAGGAGAAGGAAACGGCGAUCGCAGGGGGCGGGCGCCACACCGCAAGCGGCAGAGGCCGCGGCGCCCUCGACUGUUGUCGCGCUCGCCACACCGCCGGCGCCGACGGCCCCAGCCCCGGAGCGCGAGGCGAACGGCCGCGCGGCGCUCGGCGCGGGUCACGCGGCGGAGGGGUCCAGCGGACGAGCGGCGGAGGGAUCGAGACCUCAGCCGCCCCCCUCCUGUGCGCGUCGCGGUCUGGCCGUUGGCUGCGCCUGUUCACGCGCUGCAGCCCCGAGCCUGGCGAGCGGGCGCCGCUCAGAACAUGCGUACCGCGAGGAGUCGGACGAAGGCUCCAUGGAGGGAGACAACGAGACUGGACAGGGAGGCCGAGAGAGACGCGAGGCAGGCUCGCCCUCCCCAGACCGCGGGGGGAGGAGGUUCGAGCCGCUUUCCGCGUGCCAUCGCAGGAUCAACGUGUCGUUCGUGGGGGACUCGGUGAGAGAGACGCAGACGCCCGCGAGUGCGAGCGCCCGAGCGGAGUCGGCCCCUGGCCUUGCAGGUCUGAGGGCGCUGCCUGAGAUAUUCCACAGGCACCGAUUCCACGCGGAGCGACACCUGCGAAGUGAGACGCGCCAUCCGAUGUCCUUCGUCUCUCUGCGGUCGCCGCGGCAUCACGUCGUCGUCCCGUGGCGGCACGACGAGGCAGCAGGCUUCGCAGGGGGUAGCGUGCGCGAGACGCGCGCGAAUUCACCUCACCCGCAGGCGACGCCGGGGUCGCCUUUUAUUCGGGAUAGCACUGGAGGUCUGGAGAGAGAGGCCAGCACCUCCGUGCCGCCCAGCACAUCAGAGAGGGAGCAAACGAGCAGCGACGAAGGCGCUCCGGACGAGGUGCAGGCGCGCGAGCUCGAGGACGAAACGGCGACGGCCGGCGAGGAUGGUCAGGGCGAAGGGCCUCGCUCUCAGGAGGAGACGGAGGCGCCUGCGAGCGAAGGGGCCUCCCUGGCGGAGAGGCCAGCGGGCGCCGAACGAGUAGAGGCGGCGCGCGGGAGAGAGCAAGAAGGCACCGAGAAAAGAAGCCCAGAGCCGGAGGAGAUGGAGGCUGUCGAGAUGCAUGCGCAGGGCGACAGCGUGGUGAGAGUCUCCCACGGAGAGGAUCGAUCGCAUCUCGUCGCAGGUACAGCUGAGGAAGAAAGAGAGGAGUGCAGAGAGGCCGAGGAAGCGAGUCGCGAGCGGCCAAGACGGGAGAGGGAGGAAGAAGAAGAGACGAAGAAGCGAAGGACGCGCGCACCACGCACCGAUGCGCCAGAGCGUGCGGAGGGAGCGGCAGAGCUUAAGCCUCGCGAAAGGAGAGAAAAGAAAAAGAAAGCGAGUAGGACGCCUGGCAGGCACGACGAGAAAGCACACGCAGAAAGGGACAGACAGAGGGGAAAGAGCUGUAAGCAAACCGCACUUCAUGACGACGAAGUCGCGAAGGAAAUCGAAAGGGCGAGCUCAGAACAUGCGCCACGGGAGCGCAACGCCUCGCAGAGGGACCGUCUCUUCGCAUCCAGUUUCUCGUGUCAAAUGCUUCGCCGGCACUUGGGCCGCCACCCCCGCGUCUCGCACUCGAACCACGGGGGUUCCGGCGACGCCGACUCCCCUUCCUCAUCUUUUGAAUCUUCGUCUUCCGCCGCGGAACGUGGCGGCUGGUCAGAGGGUCGCGCAACAGAGUCGUCCUCGCCCCGGUCGCCCUCGUCGCCCUCGGCGCAGUCGCCCUCGCCCCGGUCGCCCUCGUUGCUCUCGGCGCGCUCGCUGUCUCCUGCGCCGGCCUCCGGGCGCGGGGGUCUGUCGGGGCACGUGGGGUCUCCCUCUGAUCGGACGCCGGGCUCGGGGUCGGCGACGGGGGACACUUCGGGGUCCCUGGCGCCGCCUGGGGACCGUCUCCGUCUCCUGGAGCAGAAGCAGCUCGAGCGGCGGUCGCGGACGGCAGCCCUCGUCGCUGAGCGCAGAGCGAGUGCGGCGGUGCCGGCUGCCUCAGCGUCCUUCUCCUCUCGUCUACGAGCGCUGCGGAAGGAACGCGAAGAGGUCUUCUCGCGCUUAGGCGCUGCCCUCUCGGGACCUGCGACGCGGGCGGUGGACGUGCUUCUGCGACGCUACGCGCAUCCGUCUUCCUCGUCCUCCUCCUGUUCGUCUAUGUUUUCUGUCGCCUCAUCGCCCCUGGUGCUUGCGCCCGCGGCGGGCGGUGUGGACGCCGGCUCAAGAACGCGUGCUGAGGGUAAAAGGAGUUCUGCGACAGGGAUGGCGUCCGCGGCGCCGAAUCCGACACGCGGCUCGGUUUCUCCGCCUCGCGCGGCGUCGCGGUCUGCGCUGGAGGGCAAGGACGACCGCGAGACGGCUCCGCGACGAGGGGGACGAGCUGAGGACGCGCUCGCGAAGGCCGAAGCCACGUCGGCGAGCUCGUCGCAUGCAGGCGACGCCCCUGCGUCUUUGUUUCCAUCGUUUGCAGGCGGCCUUCGCUCCCCGUCCCACGAAGGGAGGCCGUCGAGACACGCCGAGCGAGCGCGCUUCGACGAGGAAGCCCACGAGCGCCUCGAGGCGUCGCUUCUGCGCGUGCCUAGCCCGUUGGCGCUCUCCCUCAAAUCCGGGAGGAAGCAUGGCGCCGGCGACAAGGGCGACGCGACAGAUGAGGAGGAGCUCACCCUGCUGCAAAAGCGACGCCUGGCGCGGCGGAGACGGCAGCUGCGCUUGCUGCGGCUGCUAAUGCACCAAGAUCGGCGAGAGCAGGAGAAGAUAGACCAGAUCGACCGAAGGCGCGGCAAGGCCUGGAUGCAUACAGUCCUCCGCAAGCAGACGCGGGAGAGCUGCGUGCGAAACGCCUCCAGUUCUUCUUCCUCCGAUUCCAGCGACGAUGCGGAGUGGCGAGAGGCAGACGCGCAGCGCGCAGUCGCAGCGGGGCGCCGAGGGCCUGAAGGAAACAAUGCCGCUGGCGAAUCGAAAUCUAGCCGCACAGAUGCAAGCUCGCGGUCAGCCUCAGCCUCUGUUCCCUGUGCGCGAGUCAAGGGCCUGAAUCCAUUUCUGCAGCGCUCUGCCCUCAGCCCCGGAGAGCCUCAGGGCGGCGAGAACAAUAACGGACACAGAGGCGAACUGUUUCGAUUCGUACCUGCGCCGUCGUCGGCGCCGCCGCCGUCGGCCUCCUCCUCCUCCUCUGGCAGCGGGCCUCGAGAGACGAAUCCGUUCCUGGUUUCGUCGGCAUCCUCGCCGGAGACCCCUGCGGGCGCGCAGGCCAGCGCCCGUCUGCCGGCGUCUUCGUCGGCGGCGCCCAACGCGCCUCUUCGCGCCUUUGCUCACGCGGAUUCUGGGCUUCGGCACGCUUCUCCCUCGCGGGGCUCGCCGCCCUUUUCGGAAGACGGCCUGCAAGCCUCGCUGCGGAGAGCCGCGAGCAGCGGCUCCGCGGGCGAGGGAGCAACUGCGUUUCUUUCGAAUCCCUGGUCAGUGGCUUCCCGCUCGUCGCCGCCGCUGUCUCCUCCUCCGGCGCGGUUGCUCGCUGCGUCGCUCCCGACCUCAGCAUCGUUUUCCGCCCUCCGGCAGAGUGCCGCGCAGAGUGCCGCUGCCUCGCUCGCGCAUUGGUCCCCGGCUGCCGGCACAGCGACUCUCUACGGGCCUUCGCUCUCGGCACCGGCGCCCGUCGCGCAGGCGCUCCACCUCUCUGCGCCGUACCUGCCGUUCCUGCCUGCCUUCUUCCCCGCCUCUAGGCCGGUCAACGGCGCUCCUCCGUUUCCAGCGUUUCACCGCCAGCCAUUUCCUCACCUACCGCAGGCCGCUGCGGUGUUCUCGAGUCUGCCUGGAGAAGCGGCAGCGGCGCCCGACUUCGCGGCGGCGUUUGCCUCGUGCGCCGGCAACGGCGUGUAUUCGGCGUCCGCUGAGGCCUUCUGCCUCGCGCCGGCGUCCGAGCCGAAGUCGCUGGAUCUCGCGCUGCCGUUUUCGCCUCGAGACGCCGUCGCGUUCGAUCUGUACGCAGCGAGGCCCGCAGACUCGCAGCGCUCGCGAGGGGGGUCGUCUCCAGGCUGGAAGGGGCGGCGCCGGCGGCCCGUGGGUCUUCGGAACCUGGGCAACACGUGCUACCUGAACAGCUUCCUGCAGGCGCUGUUUCUCUGCGACUCGUUCGUGGUGAAUCUCUUCCGCUUCGCAGGCCGCCGCAGGCACGAGGGACAAGCGGGGAGUGUCAAGGUCCCCAACGUGGCUCUGCUGAAGGAGCUUCAGAUUCUCUUUGCCGAGAUUCUUCUCCUCGCCUCGGCUGGCGCGCUGUCGCCCGCGGCGCUGCUCGAGGCGCUGCCGGAGGAGUAUCAGCACCAGCAGCAGCAGGACGUCUCCGAGGCGGCUCGGGCGGUCUUUCAGGGCCUCGGCGGCCAGGAGGAGGCGUUGAUUCGCGCGGUGUUUUCCGGCGUGACUGCGCAGGUCAUCCAGUGCUGCGCGUGUCGGCGGCAGAGUCGGCGCGAGGAGGUCAUCCACGAUCUCGACUUCCCCAUCCCCUCGGAAGCCUGGGUGGACGAGCAGCGCGAGCUCCGCCUGCAGCAGCGGCGCGCGCAGCGCAACAACGGGCACGGCGCGAGCGCAGCGGGGGCGUCUGGGGCCUGGGACGGCCCUCGGCUCCAGGAGUUCUUUGACGCGUUUGUGAAGAAGGAGCGGCUCUACGGCGAAAACGCCUACGCCUGCGAGAGCUGCAAAGGCAAGCGCGAGGCGCUCAAGUGGCAGGAAAUCGUCUCGCCGCCGGCGCACCUGAUGAUCAUCCUCAACCGGUACUCCUGGUCCCUCUUCGCGAACGAGAAGAAGAAAACCUCCACGCAUGUCCACAUCGACACCACGCUCACGGUCGGCGGCUUCGUCUACGAGCUCUACGCCGCCAUCAUCCACGCAGGCGCCACGGCGAACAGCGGGCACUACUACUGCGUCGGGCGGCGGUCUGAGAGCAGCUGCGUGGAGGCGACGAGGACGCCGGAGGAGGCAACCGCGGACGCGCAGAGGGACGCGUGGCCCGAAGCCCGACGCGCCAGGCGAGCCGCGGAGCGACGCGCAGGCCUCUGGUAUAAAUUCGAUGACAGCGCCGUCACGCAGGUGCACGAAGAUACCAUCAAUGCAAUCAGCCUCGACGCGAGAAGAGACGACGCGCCGUACAUGCUGUUCUACCGCUGCGUCCAGGCGCCGCCCUCCUCCGCCUGUCUCGUGCCGCGGAAGGUGCUGAAGCAUGCACAGAGGCGCCUGGAGAGUGACGUCGAGUGA